AUGGUCACGGCGUUCUCCCCAUUGUCAGCGCUUGGCGCUCUGGUACUGACUUCAAUCGCGUACAAAGCUUGUUCCCUCGUCUGGCUCUACACCCGACCGUCCAAUCUUCACAGAUAUCUUCAUACCACCUCCGGUAAGCCGGCAUGGGCUUUGGUCACCGGCGCUACAGCAGGCAUUGGGAAGGCGCUUGCAGACGAGCUGGCAGCUGCCGGCUUCAACGUCGUGCUGCAUGGGCGCAACACAGUGAAGCUGGAUCACGUGAAGGCCGAGCUUGAGAAAUCGCACCCGGCGCAUGAGUUCCGCACGCUGGUUGUUGAUGCGGCCACAAGCAGCGAGGAUCCCGAGAAGUGGCUUGACAAGGUGGUGCAGCUGGUCGACGACCUCAACCUUACGGUCCUCGUGAAUAAUGCCGGAGGCGGAGCGCAGCCGGUGCUUAGCAGACUGGAAGAGUACAGCCCGGCGAGGAUCCUGGGUAACGUGAAUCUAAACGCUGUUUUCCCUACGCUCCUCACCUCGGCCCUGAUCCCGGUGCUGCUGCGCAAUGCACCAGGUUUGAUCAUCAACAUCGGUUCGUUCUCGGACAAUGGCUUGCCGUUGGUCUCGUUCUACGGCGGGGCGAAGACAUUCACCCAGACCCUAAUGCUCUCCGUCAACCGGGAAAUGACGUUGGAGAAUCGAGAUGUGGAAGUGAUCGCACAUCGCGUUAGCCGCGUCACCGAAACGGAUCAUCUAAAGAUUAAGCCUACUUUAUUCAUCCCAACAGCGCGGACCGCUGCCAAGGCGAUAUUGGCGAGGACCGGUUGUGGAAAGAAAUCGGUAAUCUCGUAUUGGGGGCACAGCAUAACACAACUUGGGGUGAACAUCAUCCCUGACUGGCUUGCGGAUCGAUUUCUCAUUAAUGUGAUGAGGAACCUUAGGAAUGAACAGGACGCGACCAAGACAGAGUAG